CUCAAACAUGUUAAAUUAUGGUACGAACUUGAACGUUGAAUCUAAAAAAGAGUUCGCGGAUUAGUCCUUUAUCAAGCGUGCGUCAAGUGUAGGUAUCUUAACCGCGUAGACAAUCGGUUGUCGAGCGAUAUUUUCGAUGUGAAUGAUCGAAACUAAAUUCACGUAUCUAUCGGUGAAAUUUUUUUCAAUAGUGUUUGAAUUUCAGUGAAAGUGUUUUUUUUCAUUAUUUGUUGGUCGACGUUUUCAAUAUGAAAGAAGAAAUUUACGAACCAAAACCUCAUGUUUCCAAACAUGCGCACGUCAAGUCCAUGGCCGAGUACAGGAGUCUGUACAAGAAUUCCAUCGACGAUCCUGUAGACUUUUGGUCCGAUAUCGCCAAACAAUUUCAUUGGGAGACGCCCAUCGAUAAGGAUAAAUUUUGGAGUUAUAAUUUCGACGUGACCAAAGGCCCUGUACAUAUUAAAUGGCUGGAAGGAGCGACGACGAACAUUUGUUAUAAUUUGCUGGAUCGCAAUAUACGAUUAGGUCUAGGAGACAAGAUCGCUUUUUAUUGGGAGGGAAAUGACCCGGAAGAUUACAGCAGGUUGACAUACAAGAAGCUGAGGGAAGAAGUGUGCAAAUUUGCUAAUGUGCUGAAAUCCAAAGGCGUCACCAAAGGUGAUAGGGUGGCUAUUUAUAUGCCCAUGGUUUUGGAGAUUGUUACCGUGAUUUUAGCAUGUUCGAGAAUUGGAGCAGUACAUUCCAUUGUGUUCGCCGGAUUUUCCGCCGACGCUUUAGCAGAUCGAUUGGUUGACUCGAAAUGUAAAGUUCUGGUCACCGCUGACUGCGUAUACAGAGGCGAAAAGUUAUUGAACUUGAAAAAAAUCUGCGAUACGGCUAUGGAUAAAGCUAAAGAACAAGGACACGAGGUGAAAACUUGUAUUGUGGUGCGACAUUUGCAAAGACUAAGUGCCUCUUUUAAUGCGGAUAAAAAAUCCCACAAUGGAGUGAACGGAGACUCUGGUAAUCACUACGAGAUAUCCUGGGACGACGAACGUGACGCUUGGUGGCACGAAGAAAUGGAAGAUGCUGAUCCGUCUUGUUAUCCUGUCUGGGUUUCCACCGAAGAUCCUUUGUUUAUGCUUUACACGAGCGGAUCCACUGGUAAACCGAAAGGAGUUUUGCAUACUGUAGGAGGAUAUUUAUUAUACGCGGCUACAACUUUCAAGUACGUCUUUGAUUAUAAGCCGAAUGACAUUUAUUGGUGCACUGCGGAUGUUGGAUGGAUUACCGGCCAUACUUAUGUGGUAUACGGGCCUUUAGCCAAUGGAGCUACUUCUGUAAUUUUCGAAGGCACUCCAUUUUAUCCAGAAGUUGACAGAUUUUGGUCCAUUAUUGAUAAAUAUAAAGUGAACCAAUUUUAUACGGCGCCUACUGCGAUCAGAGCCUUGAUGAAGUACGGUGAUGAAUUUCCACAAAAGUACGAUUUGAGCAGUUUGCGAGUUUUGGGUUCAGUAGGAGAGCCUAUAAAUCCAGAAGCUUGGUUGUGGUAUUAUAAAGUUAUCGGCAAAGAAAACUGUUCCAUCGCAGAUACAUUCUGGCAAACGGAAACAGGUGGCCAUGUUAUAACUCCAUUACCAGGAUGCACUCCAAUGAAACCGGGAUCUGCUACAUUUCCAUUUUUCGGCGUGAAACCUGAAUUACUGGACGAAAAUGGUCAAAAAAUAGAAGGCGAAGGUGAAGGAUACCUGGUAUUCAACAGGCCAUGGCCAGGAAUGAUGAGAACAUUGUUCGGAAAUCAUAAAAGAUUCGAAGAAACAUAUUUCAGUAAAUUUCCGGGUUACUAUUGUACUGGCGAUGGCGCACGAAGAGACGCCGACGGAUAUAUAUGGAUUACCGGUCGAAUAGACGAUAAGUUGAACGUUUCUGGGCAUUUGAUGAGUACAGCAGAAGUUGAAUCUUGUUUGACCGAACAUCCUGAUGUUUCUGAGGCAGCAGUGGUCUCGCGACCACAUCCGGUCAAAGGCGAAUGCCUGUAUUGUUUCGUCACACCUAACCAAGGUGCCGAGUUUAGUCAAAAAUUAGUUAAAGAAUUAACCACCAAAGUGCGUGAAAAAAUCGGUCCUUUUGCCAUGCCAGAUGUAAUCCAAUACGCACCUGGUCUGCCGAAAACUAGAUCCGGUAAAAUAAUGAGAAGAAUAUUGCGAAAAAUCGCCCUCAACGAUAGAAACGUUGGUGACACUUCAACCCUAGCUGAUGAAAGUAUUGUAGAAAUCUUAUUCAAAAAUAGACCCGAAUCAAAUUCGUAAACUUAUUUAUAGUAUUACUUAAGUAUUCAUCAAUACCUAUAACGAAACAUAUCGAUUUUUAUUUAAAAAUGUUUUAAUUUUUAAAAUUGUAAUUUCGAACUGAAACAUGACUUGUGAUAUACCUAACUACCUAUUUCAAAACAAUCUGCACCCCGAUUUGACAAUUUAGUGCUUCCGAGUACCUACCUAACCUAUUUAUCCCCAGACUUAUCUGCUACGUACAGUUUUUUUUCUUUGUAGUAAGUACCUAAAUCUACAUUAAUACAUAUUACCUACCGAUACAAAAUAAUGAGCGAUGUGGAUGUGAAAUUACAACGAUCAACUUGCAUGCUCGUUUUUACACAUUUACAUAAUCUUAUGUAAACAUGUGUUCGGAUUUCUAAUCAAAACUUACCUAUACUUCGAAGUUACCUAAUUAAUUACCAAAAAUUACCAUACCACUGGAUACCUAUCUAUUAUUUUUUAAAUGUUCAUAGAAUACCAAUACCUAUCUACAAAUAUGUACCUACUUAGGUAAAAUUGGUUAAAACCCUCAGUUUUAGUUUAGGAUAAAGUUCCUAUUGCUAGAAAAUCAAUAAGCUCAAUUUCCAGUUCUUUAUACAUAUCAUUAUACGUGAUAAAUGAAUUAAUUUUUAAGUACGCUUUUUAAUUUGUUUACCUACUCUUACUAUUCUAAAUACCUAAGUACGUUCGAGUCUUCGCAUUCCAAAUGCACUUUACACUUCAUGUUAUUUUCUACUUUAUAACUAAGCUAAGCUUUAAUGUUUUUGUUUGUUUUUAUUCGUGUAAUUGAUUAAAUCUUGAGUCUGUUUUCUUUGUGUUCUCGCGUGUGUGUGAGUCUGAAUGUAAAAUAAUCCGAACGGAAGGCUUCUGUAAUAUUUUCCCAUGUACUUUGUUAAACUGCCUUGCUAGAUUUAAUAAGAACAAAACGGACAGUUGUUUUUUUUGAUGUGUUAAGUAUUUAUCAUGUUGUUUUAUUUUAAGUAGUUUUUAAUGUGUAAACGAAGUAAAAAAAUUUUAAGUUUCAAA